GGGCAAAUCAUUCUGAUCCACAUUGCCGAGUUCUUUCUUCCGAAUGGAAAACAUUAGAGGUUCAACUGAAGCGGUGGUGAGAACAGCGAGGAUGGUUCGCAAUCUCAUCUUCCUAGUAAUGCAUCUGGAAUCUCGGGUUAUAGGAGGGUUGGCUAAUCUAGUGAUGAAUAUGGUGGAUUGGACUGUAAAGAUGAUGAUCUAUUUAUGGGAAGCUCUCAAGGCGUACUGGCAAUCGAUCUCAAUGAUUGCUAAGUCAGGUGCGAUUGCUAACAAGAUGAAGACUUUGUCGGGUGCUCUCAGAAAGCAUCUCAAGAAAGAAAAGAAGAAGGGUCAGCCAAAGGCCAGACUGGUCGGAAAAUUUGCGCUGUUAUCUGCUGUAUUUCUUCUGCGGGAUACAGAGUUGAUGAGAUCGAAAUAUAAUAAAUAUGGGACUAUAUCGUUUCCUUUCUUCCUUAUUUGCCUCGCCUCGUUAACAUUUCGGACGGAAAUUUUCAGUCGGAACGGAGUGCUCCCCCGUCGAAGGGCUGGCUGGAAGGUAAAUUCAAUGCUGGACUCCACCUGUUUUAUUCUAGCACUUUUUUUUGAAAAAUUUUAUGAUAGAGUCUCAGUGCUGGGUUUUGCAUGGCGGUUUAUCUUCUGAGUUUAUUGGUGGUAUUAGGACCACAGAAAGACUUGGGAUUCUUCGGUUUAAUCAUGGGAGUAAUUGGAUCCAUUACUUACAACUGCUUCGGGUUCAAGUUUCUGACAUGGGUAAUUGCCGGUAUCUGUUUGGUGUUGUUCAGUUUCAAGAACUGGUUAGACAAGAAUUGGUUAGAUUCAGAAGAAGAUGAGUCACCGUCCCCACCUUCAUAUACCGUAGUAAGAGCCGGCAUGGUUCUGUGUUUCCCAUACUCCAUUAUUGACCUUGCAGUCGCCGUUUGCCGGUCAACAGAGCUUGAAUAUUAUAAAAUCUGCUUAUAUCCUGUUUUGUUUCUUUUGUUUCUGCGGAUGCCGGUGCGUGUCGUCGUAGAGAAAUUGAAUAGGAAUGAUUUACCCCUCUCCAAAAUGGUUAAAGAUAGAACUCUAGAGGUGAUCAAAUGGUUGGUGUAUUUCUUUUCUUUAGAUUUCUUAUUUAUUUUUUUAUUUUCUUUUUUGUAACAAGAGGCAGCAAAUUUCUUAAUUUCUUUGUAUAUUCCACCCUAAGACUUUUUACUUUUACUUAAAAGCGAUUACUGCAACAUCGCUUAGGUCUUUGGUAUCCGUGUUGAGGCAAGGGGUUUUGGUGAUUUAGGAUGUUCUUUGCAGAAAAGAAAAAAUAUAUGUUAUAUGAUUGUUGUCUACUUGAUGAUGGCAUGAGAUUAAUGGUGGUAAGGAGUUGUUUUAGGGCAGUUUGGAGUGGAUGUCUUAGCUGGGGGAGGUAUGGGUACAUAACAACAAGAUCUUUAUCUUUCCAAGUCACUUUAUGCCUACUCUGGUGGCGUUCUUUUCCUCCAUUCUUUGUCAUAAGUAGAAAUGGACUCCUUGUAUGCUGCUGCUCCAUUAUUGUGGUCUCUCAGCCUCUGCUCAGUUUGGUUUUUCCACUGUUUCAUCAAUAGGUCUCUCCUCGGAGGUGCUGUGUUGCUUUGCGCAACUAGCUAGUCUCAACUCCUGAGUUCCUCUCCUGGUACUGUAUUUCAGAUGAGUAACGGUGAAGUAGAUGUAAUGCUUUUUCAAAACACGAAAAAAAAAAAUAAUAAAGGGCCUGUUACCCU